AUGACUCCCAACAGCUUCGAGAUUAGUGCAAUUUUCCAGCCGGCGUGUGGUGGGAAGAAGCGCACACGUGAAAUAGGAGAAAUUGAAAAGAGAAUGUUGAGCUUUAGACCUCCUAGUGUUUUUCCUAGAUAUCCGCGACAACUGAAGGAAUAUAAGAAAUACAAGGCGAAUGAGUGGGAAGCGGUUAUCUUCCAUUAUUUAUAUCCGGUCGUUACUAAUAUUUUACCAAAACAAUUUCUUGACCAUGUCAUGUUGCUCUCAUCAGCGAUUCACCACUUAUUAGACCCGAAAUUGUACGAAGCCACGAUACAAUUUCUGCAGUAAUUUGAAAAACUAUAUGGUAAAGAUAACAUUUCGUAUAAUGUACAUUUAACGGGACACAUCAUCGAAGCUGUUAACAAUUUUGGAGCCUUAUAUAAUUUUUCGUUAUUCCCAUAUGAGUCAGGAAACGGAAUGCUCCUCGGGUUCCGAACUAGCAAUAAAAGUCCACUUGUGCAAAUCGAAAGGAAAUAUUAUAUGAUCAAGUUAUGCCACAGCAACUAUCUUGAUUUAAAUCCAGAUGUGAAAAAUUGGAUUCAAUCUUUAUGGUCAAAACAGAAAAGCUCUGUUCAUGGUACUGAAGCAAAGGGAUUAUAUAUCUUAAAUGAUAAUCUUAUGUUUGAUGCAGACGUAGUCGAAAGAUCGUUUAGUGCCCAUGGUCAAAUGUAUUCUAAAAGUUUGAAUGUAUGUACCAAACAAACAUGCCAUGCACACAAAUAUGAUGAUUCAUGGUUUUACAUAAACGAAAAUUUCUACACCAUUGUAGAAAUGUUAUGUGAUCAGAAUAAUAUUGUUUACAUUACUGGCGAAAAACUGCACUCCAAAAAAUUAUGCCAUAAUAUUUAUUCAUAUGAACUAACAGAUAUUAUUAAAGUAAUGCGAGUCAACGACACAAUUCGUCAAUGUACAAAUAUGUGCAUAAAAAUGAACGAUCGAUCAUUGCAGUUUAUUUCUAAAUGUAAAAUCCGUACACAAAUCGAUUAA